UAUCUAACCCAAAAUCUCCCCCACUUUCUUCUAUCUCGCCUAGAUUAACCCUAGUUUAAUCUAAGCUAUUUAUGUCCAUCCUUCUCCCAUCAUUCAUUUCUUCGUUUCCCCUUCAUUUUCUCUUUCCUCCAUUCACGAUUUCCCUCAUUCGAACUCCUCCUUUUAUUUAACAAACCCUAGUUUUUGACUCAGUUUUUGCUAGGGUUCAUCCCAGCAUUGUUAUGAUAGCUGUAGUUGAUCAAUUAAAUAGAUUCGAAUCACCUCCAAAAAAUCGCUAAUGGCAGAACCUCGACGAUUUUCGAUCGGCUUCGCUUUAGCGCCGAAGAAGCAGCAUAGUUUUAUUCAAGAAUCACUAAUUAACAUCGCUCGUGAACGUCUCAUCGAUUUGAUCAAAAUCGAUACCCAAACACCGUUGAUCGAUCAAGGACCGUUCGAUUGUAUCCUUCACAAAUUGUACGGCGACGAUUGGAAACAACAACUCGGCGAUUACAAAGCCAAAAACCCCAAUGUCGUAAUUCUCGACUCUCCGGAGGCAAUUGAACGUCUUCAUAACCGGAUUUCUAUGCUACAAGUUGUUUCUGAGUUAAAAAUUGUGAAAAGUGACGGGAAUACUUUUGGAAUCCCGAAGCAAAUCGUGAUUUAUGAUGCAGAAACGCUUCGUGAUGAUCGAUCUUGGGAAGGAUUGAAGUUUCCUAUGAUUGCGAAACCCUUGGUUGCAGAUGGAAGUGCAAAAUCUCAUAAAAUGUCUUUGGUUUACAAUCAUGGAGGGUUGAGUAAUUUAAAACCUCCGAUUGUUUUGCAGGAGUUUGUUAACCAUGGCGGUGUAAUUUUUAAGGUUUACGUGGUUGGAGAAUACGUGAAAUGCGUGAAGAGGAAGUCAUUACCAGAUGUUUCAGAAGAGAAAUUAGAGAGUUUAGGGGGAUUGGUGACUUUUUCACAGGUAUCAAAUUUGGCUAGCAAUGAGAAAACAGAUGAGAAGUAUUAUAAGAUGAUGCAUUUGGAUGAUUGUGAGAUGCCACCACAAGAGUUUAUAACUGACAUUGGUAGAGGAUUAAGAGAAGUUCUGAAAUUAAAUCUAUUUAAUUUCGAUGUGAUUAGAGAUACAAGGCUGGGAAAUAGGUAUCUGGUGAUCGACAUAAAUUAUUUUCCUGGGUAUGCAAAAAUGCCUUCGUAUGAAAGGGUGAUGACUGAUUUCUUCUGGAAUGUUGUUUCGAAGAAUGAGAGAAGAGAAGUUGAUGAGGUAAAGCUUGAAGAAGAGAGUAAAUUAUUGGGGGAUAACAAUGACUUCGAAGUUGUUUGAUGAUAAAUGCAGGAUACAUCUGUUACUGUAGGUGACAAUUUCUUCUCUUUUUUUUCCUUUACCCUGAAAAAGAAUAGAAGCUGAGGUUUUAUCAAUUUAUCAUAGAGGUGAGCACUUAGGUUCUUUAAUUUUUUUGUUGCUGAUGAUGUUCUUUCUUAUAAUUUUAUUUAUGGAAACUAGAGAGAUUAUCACUAGGUGGGUGCUGGAAGUCAAUGUAAAUUCCAUCUUGGUUUUUAGGGGUAUGACAAAUAAUUUUGAAAUGGUUGAGAGGGAAAGAAAAGGGAUUGCUUUUAUGGUUUUAUUAAGGAUUUAGUUUUUUUUUUCUUCACAAGUUUUGUAAUCAUCUUUCCUAAGGAAAUGUUCAAUUUGUGCCUUUUCUGGUACUUUUAGAUCAAUGAAUUUGUCUUUUUGGUUCACUAUUUUCAUUCUCUGCCCAAAACACUGUUGUUGUCUUCAGAUUUAGCACCUUAUCUUUCUUAUUCUGCGAUAAUAGAACACUUUGAGUUGAUCUAGAGCUACACUGUAUGAUUGUUGCGUGGUAUUUCCAAAAUCAUAACUUAAACUAAGAUUUUGGUAAUUUCAAGUUCUUUUUGGAUUAUUUCCUUUUAGGAACUAUUUAAAGUUUCUAUCUUUCUUCAUUACUUACUCCAAUGAAUCUUGGUAUGUUAAGUCUAUUGAGGGUGAUGACUGAUGCCAAAAUCUGUCGAGAUUUUUGUUCUAUGAUUAACAUGAAUACUAAAACAAUUAGUCCUGUGUGAAGUUGUGUUAGCCGGAAGCCUUUCCAUGUUUAUGAUUGCAGAUUUUAGGAAAAGGUCACUUGUGUAUAGAUUUUCGUUUAACCUUUGUCAAGAGUAAUUUAUCACUAUGACUGAUUAACUUACGACAAAGUCUAUUUUUGUCCAUAUUAUUUUAGUGUGCACUAAUCUUGUAUUAAAAUAGUAAAUAUUUUUACUUGAUAAGUAUAAUCAAGCACGACCAUCGAAAAAUACUUGCUAUUAUUAGAUUGAUUCACAAUAAAAUAGUGUGGGCCAAGUUUAUAUAAGACUUCUACUUUACUUAUUCACCUGGGUGUUUCUUGGGCGAAUACUGAAUAAUCUGGUGUCAUAAUGGUGAUGUAUUGACGUUUUAAUUCAAAAAAUUCCCUUGACUUUUUUUGCUUGGGAAUGGAAUGAAUUGUGUCAAUAGUCUAUCAUAGUGCAAUAUCAACACCGUAUCUUAUCGUACCGGCUGUUUCGUAAAGAUUUUCAAAUUUUCCAUAGCGGUAUUACUUGUAUUGUAAAGGUGAAAAAAACCGCGAUUUAGGUUGUUUAGAGCAAUGUUUCAUGGUUUAGGCCGAUAUUUAGCGGUGAGGUUGUUGCAUCAUUCCCAACACUGCAUCACCGUGUCCGUUAUCGCAACCAUGACCAUUACCACAUUUUUGCACCAUCUUCUCUUCAUGGUCUUUGUUUCCUAAUGUACUGCAACUUUUAUUGUUCUCGGGGAUGAAAAACUCAAAAACUUUUAUUGUUCUCGGAGAUGAAAAAACUCAAAACACGUUCAAGUAUUGGACACGCUUUGACAUUCUCAAUAUCGCAUAUGUUUGUAGGCUCUUCUUUUCCUUGAUUCUUUGAGCCUACAACGCUGCAAUGCUUUAUGCAAUAUAUUUGUAAUAACAUGUUCUUCUAUAUUCGCUAGUAUCUUUCUAGUAGAGUGGUCACCCUCGUCAAUGGUAGUUGUGCAUGAAGCUUUGGUUUCAAUGGUUUUUUUUCGGUUUGAAUUUGGGAUGUUUCAGAGUUGAAAGGCAGGGGUUUUUAUCUGAUCUUGUUUUGGUGGAAUAUUGCCUCUAAAUAAUUGAUCUUGUGCAAGUAUUUGAAAGUAUGAGGUAAUUGUUGAUAUAUCUGUUUGAGCCAUAUGUUCUCAUUUUCUUUUGGUUCUGUUUAAUGUUGACUCAGUGUUGUCCAUGAAUCUUUCACUUAACAGUUCUUAUGUGGCUGAAAAACCUAACUCCGAACUUUGUAUUUAGUGCUGCAACGUCCAGAAAUUUUUUUCUCAAGUGACACUUUGGGCCGUGAUUAGUGAGUGACUAGUACGAUGUGGCGGGGGAUCUUUUUUUCAUAUAGUAAACCUUCAAUGCUCUGUCUGACUGUAAUCUUCUGUUACUUGGAUAUUAGGUUUGAUUAUCUGCUUUUUCGUUUAGUAUUUAAUGUUCAAUGUUUGAUCUAGACUUCGGUAAUGUGAGUAGUUGGUGCUUGUGGUAGAUGUCUCCAUAAAUUUAUGAUUAGAUUAUGCCAUUUUGGUUUCAUGCUUUGUCCUACGCUGCAAUGACACUUUGUUUGGUAACUAAGGCAUGUGUUGAAGUUGGUUUAAGGUAAUGAACAGUGAUGAUGAUCAAAUUGUGAUGACCUAAACGUAUAAUGUAGUUUUGUAUCUACAUUUGAUCAUUUGUGCCAUGAUGCAAUUUGUUUAACAUCUUAAUUUUCUCCGGUGGUAUUGUUGUAUUAUGCAAUGAUGAUAUUGGUUAAAUCAACUCGUUCACGCUUUUUGUCUGGAGUUUACAAUCUUCAAUAGUUUUUAGAUGUGGCGCAUUAUGCCAAUUCGGGAUUUGGGAAUUUUUAGAUUCCUUUUGCUCUACUGUGUUUUUGUCAAAUGAGAAAGAGUGAUGCUUAAAUGUGUAUUUGUAUUCCCAAUACAAAUCCCAUGAUGAAUUUUUGACAUUUGGAUAAAUUGACAUUGGGUGGCAGGUUAGGGAAGUUGUUCUGUUGCAGAUGUUGUAGCAAUCAGUAAGAUUGUAGGUUUGUGAACUUGCUCCAAGCUGCUGAAAUUGUCUCCACAAUGGCAGAUACUUAAUAAAUUACUUCUAUUACUUAGCUUUUUUGUACGUGUUUAAUGUUUUAAGUAGCUGUAAAUCUUACAAAUUAGCUUUUGUAGAAGCCACCAUUCGCUUUGAAGGAUUUUCUAAUGAUACCUUUGUCUUGGGAUUGGGACAUUAUGUUAGGUUCGAAUGGUAUGCUUAGGGGUGUUUAAUGUCAUUGUCUGUGUGAUUAGGAUAUCUUUUUGGUCUGAGAGGUAUGUUUGGAGGUUCAUAACGCCCAAUAUCCUUUUUUUACAAAUAUGAUAAAAGAAGUAGUUGCCUAAAUUGUAAGGUUAUCAUGGUGGAGAAUGUAAACCACCCAAUACAAAUUCCUUUUGCUCAAUCUCAAGAGUAAACGUAAAGGAGGCCAAAGAGGAAUGCAGGAUUAGAUGAUGGAGAUUAAAAAAGAAUAAUAUUGAAAUUUUUGCCGAAAAAGUUUUGAAAAAGGUAAAAUCCAAGACUAUGCACGUGUGUAGGUUCUUGUAUGUCAGAAUGUCAUGCAAUUUUGGUGAUUAGUUUAUAGAAUCUCAAGGUUAUCUUCGUUGCUUUUUCUAUAUAGUUUUAAUCUUUUAGAAAUUGAAGAGAAUGUAUAAGUUAAAUCUGAAUGUGGAUUUAACCAUUUUAACGAAACAAGGACAUAUUUGACCUCCCUUUGAUGCUGGUGGUGAUUCAGUACUUUUGAUCGAUCUUAUAUCUUGUUGGAGAUGCCUAUGACCUAUGUGUGCAUUUGUGUUAUUUCUUUUUGAUUUUACUUUUUAGAAGGGGUUUCAAGAAGAGACCUUACCCCAAAGUUACAUAUCCAUGUUGCGAGUUGUUAGUUUUGUGGCUUUUUGUUGUCGGAAAGUUUUAUUUGCAAUCAUCUACCAUAUUCUUUUGUGGGAUUAAUUUUCUGGAAAGAGUUAGUCUAAUAAUUUUCAGAUUUUUUUGUUGGUUUGGUUUGAACCUUAUAUGGCAGAAUGGGUAACUCUUCUGAUGUGGUGUAAGAGCAUUUCCUUGGGAAUCGAUUUCCCUUUGUUAACAUGGAAGUAGUACUAAGUAGAUGGAUAUGGAGUUUGCAUCUAAUAUAAGAGUCUAAGAAGAGUGUCUAAGUAGUCAAAAUAAGAAAGUUUUUCAAAAGUGCUUUGUAAUGUGAGAAAAAUGAAAACAUUGUUGCUAUGUGGGUUGCUUUAGUUGAAUUUUAUUUUUGUCUUUUGUGCUUGAAUUGAAGAAUGAUCAUAAGAGCUGAUGAUUAACAUUUAUCAUAAUUCUGAUAAUUCAUCCUGUGUUGUUGAGUGUUGAGUUAUUUUCCCAAUUAUAUAUAUCUGGAAGUUGCUUUCUCAAACAUCUUGAUUUUUUGUUAUGAGAACAUCAAUCUGGCUACAUGGUGGGAAGUUUUUUAUAGGGUUAGGUACUUUAGGAAGUAUACACCUAACGGUUUGGUGUCGAAACUUGAAGUUAAUUCCUUAUAUAUCGUAUCUGUUUGGAAGCUACUUUCAGGUGCAGUUCUCUUGGGUAUGUCAACAAAUGUACUCUCUCUUGGCUGGAGGCUAUCUGCAAUUCUGCGUAAAUCUGCUGCAAUUUGCUGGGAGAGCUGAAAAUUUAUCUGCUAUACAUAGUUUUGCUACUUUGUCUAGAUCCACUUGAUUAAAUUGGAGAUUAAGGCAAAAGACAAUCGGGUGGAAGAAGAUUGUGGAUGAGUAUAGAGAGAAGAUCAACAUGAUAAUUAGAUAAAGAUAGAAGAUGAGCACAUGGAUGAGAUUAAGAGAUAGAAUAUGGUUGCAUUUACUAGUUAUAAAAAUUAGUAGGAUUUGAACCAAUGGCCGUCCCAUCCUUGACCUCUGGAUUAGGUGGCUGGGUCAGAUACCCUCGCUGCCUAAUAAAUUAGACAUUUUAAAGAGAAAAGGAUAGCAUGUUCACAAACAUGGAGAAUGAAUCUGAUGUCUGAAUAAAAGUAACCAUGAAAGGAAGUGUUUGGUGUUGUGUUCUGCUUAUGUUUUGGUUAAGUGGUUGAAAGUUGUAUGGUUUGUGGACAGGAAGUUGCAUUGUUCAUGGGAGCUAGGAGCUAGAGAAGUGGACAUUAUGGGCUAUGUUCCGUUGAAGGGUGUUAUGAACUAUUAUGCAAUGAUAUGCACCUGCCAAGAAUUAUCCAAAAGAAACGAACUAAACAGAAUAUAGAGAAGAAUACAAUGAAGAAACAUAAGAACAAUGAACUAAAUAAUAUUUUUCGUAUUCUUGUUAUUGAAUGAUUGCAACAUACAGAGGAUCCUUCGAGUGGUUCCAAACUCCUAUGUGAACGAAUCACCUAAACAUACAAGCAUACCCCAAUAGAAGACCCUCAACUAUAUAUAUACAAGACUCUAAGAAUAAACCUCCUAAUAAAAGCGAAAGACUACUAAAAGUAAAAAGUCAACAAUGCCCUUGGACCCUUCAACCCAAUUCGUAAUAUUACCGACCGCCUGAAGUUCCACCUUGCACUCAAGGUGGAUAAAAAUAAAAGCUUUGCCUUCCACUGUUAGCAACAAGAUGAGGAUAAAUGGUUAAGGACAAAUUUUCCAAAAUUAAUUAACUUGGGUAGAUUAUAAGAAAAUUUAGUCGGGCAAAAAAAAAAAAUUCACAAAAAAUGAGUCAAAACUUAAAAAUGGAUUGUAAAUAUUUUUGGAAUGGGUUGAAAGUUUUCCAAAUUCAAAAAGAUUUUCGGCUUAAAAUGAUAUGGUUUAUCCUCAAAUUAAAUCUCAGAAUUGCAUUAGGACUAUGCUGAUGUCAUCGCUGACAUCAAUUCUAUUUUCAAAAAUCAGAAUCACUUUUCCUGGGUGAUUAUGGUUCCGUCUCAGACCAACCGUUAAGAUACGGUAGAGGUUAGGUUGCAAGAAAUUCGGCAGAAUAUGCUGGGUUUGGAAGGUAGAUUGCGUGAUUUAGAGAGUUCUCAAUUGAAGUAUCAAUCAACCCAAGAUGCAAAAUUUGAAGAAUUAUGUUCCGCAAUGGCAUUGUUAACUGCAGAGGUUAAGUCAUUGGCAGGGGUUAAGGUUAAUCAAGAUUUUGUAUCUAAUGAAUCUUUAAUUGGACAAUCUGAGAUUAGGCCAACUCAGAUUGGUACUGGGCAUCUUAAGACCGGCAGUUUCGGUCUGGGAUUGGGCAGUUUUCGCAUCAAAAUGAGAAAGUGUUGAACCAAGAAGAAGCACAAGAAGAAGAAAGCAGUACAACAAGAGGGAGAAAAAUGCAGGUCUUAAAAAAAUGGGAACAGUGGACUAAGACAGAAAAAAAUAAGAAGGGAAACAGAAAGAGAGUACGGCAAAGAAGAAACAAAGAAGGAAGGUAUACAUCCACGUGUGGAGGGGCGUGGGACAGAGCUUGCAGAGGCGCGUGUGGAGAAGAAGGAAUGUGAAAAAACGAAAGACAAGAGAAAGGGCUUUGGAAAUUCAUGAGGAGGGAAAGUUAGUUCAAGUAUUUAAUGGAUCUGGAGGAGGACCGGGAAAAACGACGAUGUUGCGGGUGGCCGCCGGAGAAGAGGCCGGCGGGUCCUGGAAGUCGGCGGCGGUGGUAGAUUGUUCGGAGAAGGCUGUUGUAUUCUAGGGUUCGUGGGUUUUCAAGGAACUAAGACUGCAGCUGGAAAAGAAAAGUGGUUGACAUAACAUGGGUCCUGAUAUAAUUCAGACAAUUAAUUUGAGGAUAAACCAUAUCAUUUUAAGCCUAAAAUCUUUUUCAAUUUGGAAGACUUACAGCCCAUUCCAAAAAUAUCUACACUCUAUUUUGAAGUUUUGACUCAUUUUUUUCAGAUUCACACAUCAUUUUUUGUGAAUUUUUUAUUUUUUUCGACUAAAUUUUCUUAUAAUCUACAAAAGUCAAUUAAUUUCGGGAAAUUUGUCUUCAAUCAUUUAUCCUCAUCUUGUUGCUAACAAUGGAAGGCAAAGCUUUUAUUUUUAUCAAUCUUGAGGGCAAGGUGAAACUUCAGGCGGUCGGUAAUGUUACAAAUUGAGUCGAAGGGUCCAAGGGCAUUAUUGACUUUUUACUAUUAGUAGUCUUUCACUUUUAUUAGGGGGUUUAUUCUUAGAGUCUUGUAUAUAUAUAGUUGAGGGUCUUCUAUUGUGGGUAUGCUUGUAUGUUUUGGGUGAUUAAUUCACAUAGGAGUUUGAGACCACUCAAAGGAUCCUCUGUAUCUUGUAUCUUGUUACAGUUCAAUUACAAGAAUACAAGAAGUAUUAUUCA